AUGGCCGCUGUGGCCGUCCCCCGCAGUCUCCUUGUUCUCCUCCAGGUGCUCGGGCUCGUCCUGGCGCAGAUCAGAGGGCCGCCAGGAGAGCCGGGACCCCCGGGACCCCCGGGGCCUCCGGGAGUGCCUGGAUCCGAUGGCAUCGAUGGUGACAAGGGGCCCCCUGGGAAACCUGGCCCUCCGGGAUCUAAGGGGGAGCCUGGCAAACCUGGGCCAGAUGGGCCAGACGGGAAGCCUGGGAUUGACGGUUUAACUGGAGCCAAGGGGGAGCCUGGCCCCAUGGGGACCCCUGGAGUCAAGGGUCAGCCCGGACUCCCAGGACCCCCUGGCCUGCCGGGCCCUGGCUUUGCUGGACCUCCUGGACCACCUGGACCCGUUGGCCUCCCUGGUGAGAUCGGAACCCCAGGCCCCAAGGGUGAUCCUGGACCAGAGGGACCAUCAGGGCCUCCCGGCCCCCCUGGGAAACCUGGUCGCCCCGGAACAAUCCAGGGCCUGGAAGGCAGUGCGGAUUUCCUGUGUCCAACCAAUUGCCCAGCGGGUGUGAAAGGCCUCCCAGGACUGCAGGGAGUGAAGGGGCAUCCAGGGAAACGCGGGGUUCUGGGGGAUCCAGGCCGCCAGGGGAAGCCGGGUCCCAAGGGAGAUGUGGGUGCCUCUGGAGAGCAAGGUAUCCCCGGACCACCGGGUCCCCAGGGCAUCCGGGGCUACCCAGGCAUGGCAGGACCCAAAGGAGAGAUGGGCCCUCAGGGGUACAAAGGCAUGGUGGGCUCCGUCGGUGCCUCUGGGCCACGGGGUGAGGAGGGUCCGCGAGGGCCACCAGGCCGAGCUGGAGAGAAGGGCGAUGUGGGAAGCCAAGGUGUUCGAGGACCCCAAGGAAUAACAGGCCCAAAGGGAGCAACUGGUCCCCCAGGUGUUGAUGGCAAGGAUGGAACCCCAGGCACACCUGGCACGAAGGGCAAUACAGGACAGGCAGGGCGGCCAGGAAACCCAGGCCACCAGGGCCUAGCGGGUGUGCCAGGCCAGCCUGGGACCAAAGGGGGCCCUGGAGACAAGGGUGAGCCAGGCCAGCAGGGCCUCCCUGGAUUCUCGGGUCCCCCAGGGAAGGAGGGAGAGCCAGGACCUCAAGGAGAAAUCGGUCCCCAGGGCAUCAUGGGGCAGAAGGGUGACCAGGGUGAGAGGGGGCCGGUGGGGCAGCCAGGCCCCCAAGGCCGACAGGGCCCCAAGGGAGAACAGGGGCCCCCUGGAAUUCCAGGGCCCCAAGGCUUGCCAGGCAUCAAGGGAGACAAGGGCUCCCCAGGGAAGACCGGGCCCAGAGGCGGAGUCGGUGACCCAGGGGUGGCCGGCCUCCCUGGAGAGAAGGGCGAGAAGGGGGAGUCUGGCGAGCCGGGGCCCAAGGGACAGCAAGGAAUCCGCGGAGAACCCGGCCACACUGGCCCCAGCGGGGAUGCAGGCGCUCCAGGGCCCCAGGGCUACCCUGGGCUCCCCGGCCCUCGAGGAUUGACUGGAGACCGAGGCCUGCCGGGGAUGCCCGGGAGACAGGGCAUGGCGGGCCGAGAUGCCAGCGACCAGCACAUCGUGGACGUGGUGCUGAAGAUGCUGCAAGAGCAACUGGCAGAGGUGGCUGUGAGUACCAAGAGAGAAGCCCUGGGUGCAGCUGGGAUGAUGGGCCCCCCAGGCCCUCCUGGGCCCCCUGGUUACCCAGGCAAGCAAGGGCCCCACGGGCACCCUGGCCCCCGGGGUAUUCCUGGCAUCGUGGGAGCCGUGGGUCAGAUUGGCAACACAGGGCCCAAGGGAAAACGUGGAGAAAAGGGUGAUCGUGGAGAUGUUGGACGUGGGCACCCUGGCAUGCCUGGGCCCCCAGGAAUCCCAGGACUCCCUGGCCGAUCUGGCCAGGCAAUCAAUGGCAAGGAUGGAGAUCGAGGGUCCCCAGGAGCUCCCGGAGAAGCAGGCCGACCUGGUCUGCCAGGCCCCGUGGGGCUGCCUGGCUUCUGUGAGCCUGCGGCCUGCCUUGGAGCCUCAGCCUAUGCCUCUGCUCGCCUUAUGGAGCCUGGAUCCAUCAAGGGGCCAUGAGCAUAAGGCCAGGACAGAGCCCAUUGGGCAUCCUGGGGGGAAACGACAAUGUCCCCUCUGGGUGGACAUGUAUCCCUCCUCUCAGCCCAGGAAACUAGCUUUUGCAGGACCUUCUGUCUGGAACAUGGGGGACGAGAGGCGAAGGGAAGGCAUCUGAGAAAAAAAGUGAGGCCAGCAGACAGGGCAAGUGUGGCUGGAGAGUCUAAGUUCCAAAGAGAAGCAUGGUGUUGGCUUUCCUUCCCACAGCACUACCCAGAUGUUACCAAAACAAAUGUCUUCUUAAUCUGUGGCAUCUCCCACUGGUCACUUGUCAUUGGGGCAGGUGGACUGAGGUCUCUGCCAGCUCCCAAUCACAUCCCCCAGACUUAGUGGGUGGCUGCUGAUGGGUGAUGACCUUGAGGUGGCCAUCCUUAAACCAGCCCCACUGCUUUCUCCUUGCCUCCCAUCUGAGUAUUUAAAUGCCCAUCUCACCUCUCUUUCUGGCAUCACCCUCCCCCAAAUCCCAGUUUCACCAA